AUGGGGAGGUCUCCCUGCUGCGACAAGGCGAGCGUGAAGCGAGGGCCGUGGUCGCGGGAGGAGGACGCCGUCCUCAGGAACUUCGUCCAGAGGUUCGCCAAUGCCGGCAACUGGAUCACGCUGCCACAGAAAGCAGGGCUUAACCGCUGUGGCAAGAGCUGCCGGCUCCGGUGGCUCAACUACCUCCGCCCCGCGCUCCGGCACGGCGGCUUCACCGAGGAGGAGGACAGCCUCAUAUUGUCCCUCUAUGGCGACAUCGGAAGCAGGUGGUCGGUGAUCGCGGCCAAGCUGCCCGGCCGAACAGACAACGACGUCAAGAACCACUGGAACACCAAGCUCAAGAAGAGCCCUCACGGGGCCGACCGAUCGUCCCUCCCCCCUCCUCCUCCCUCCCUGGUGAAUCUCGACGCGGCCCUCGCCACGGCCGACGACGGCGGAGAGCUCACGCGCGAAUCGGAGCAGCUUUACGCCGAGCUCAUGGGGCUCAUCGAGCCGCAGUCCACGACCCGUGAAUCCACCGGGGAGGUGAUGUCGUCGCCGUCUUCAUUUGGAACAAGUCCGGCCGCCAGUAGUUUUGCAGCUGGGAGCAGCGCUACGUGGCCAGUGGACGUGCAUGACACAAUACUCUGGCCGGAGUCUAGCGGGAACGGCAUGGUUGAAUUUGAUGAUCCUUGCGUUGCUCACAUUUUCGGUCCGCCGUCCACGCCCGACUCUUUCCUAGAUUUGUUGGCCUCAUCUUACGACGAGGUCAUAGCGACGCAAGAGUUGCUGUACCUAGGAACGAAUUGGUCUGAAGAUCUGAAUUAG